GAUAUCAGUGGAAACUGGGCAGGGUCCAACCGCAGUCCACGACGCGCGCACGGUGCCGCCUGUACUGUACUUUCUCCUUUACGCGCCAUGACGCACGGUUUGCGCCGGACUCCAACUGCGCUCAACUUGUCCUCGCUGUGACAUCGCUUGUUUCCUGUGGGCGUUUCAGCGCAGACACCGGCCGUGUUGUGUUGUGUUGCUGAACUUCUGGAAGUAUGUGCGUGAGUCGUGGGAGCUGAGGAGGAGGAAUGCGCGGAUUUGGAGGAUUUUUGCGCGUGUGCGAGUGUUUUCGUGUCGUGACUCCGCGGCGAGGAACAGUGAGCGUGGGAUCCUCCGCAGACAUGCAGCGCGAUGUGGAGCUGCAGCUCUGCCGCUAACACACUGUUUACCUGUGUUGUUGAGACGGAGCCAGACGUGCCCGUGCAGCGGCUCCAUGGGUAACCGCCGUGCGUAACGCUGGCUCUCCAUGGAGGACUGCUGCGGGAAGCCACACUUUCUAACGCGGUGAGCGACACUUGGAGCAAGAUGAGUCAAGAGCAGGACGGGAUCUCCUUACAGGUGCCUUGCUUAGGGGCUUGUCCCGGCAAAGAGAGCCCCGGGGAUGGAGGCGCGUCCGGGAUCCCAGCUGCAGGAACUUUCUGGCAGGACUCGACGGUGGUGGUCAGCGGCGCGGUGUUCAGCCCCACCACCGGGAGCUGCCCGAUGGAAGGCGGAGGCUUGCUCUCCACGGGGAAGACGAUCAAGAACAGGCCGGUGACGGUGGCUUAUGUGGUGUACGGGGAGGGCAACCAGCAGAACAACGCGGAGAGCAUGGCCCUGCAGUGUCUGAAGGACGCCUGCGACGCGGGGGGCAGCAUACUGGAAACUGUGAACUUUGGGAAACUGGACUUCGGGGAGACCACGGUGCUGGACAGCUUCUACAACGCAGAUCUGGCCGUGGUGGAGAUGACGGACGCCUUCCGCCAGCCCUCGCUCUUCUACCACCUGGGAGUCCGGGAGAGCUUCAGCUUGGCCAACAACAUCAUCCUGUACUGCGACACCAACUCCGACUCCCUCCAGUCGCUGCAGGAGAUAAUUUGCCAGAAGAACACUACGUGCUCGGCCAACUACACCUUCAUCCCGUACAUGGUGACGCCGCACAACAAGGUGUACUGCUGUGAGAGCAACCUGAUGAAGGGCCUGAACGAGCUGAUGCAGCCCAACUUCGAGAUGCUGCUGGGGCCCAUCUGCAUGCCGCUGCUGGACCGCUUCGUCCAGCUGCUCAAGGUGUCCCAGGCCAACUCCCAUCAGUAUUUCCAUGAGACGAUUCUGAACGAGAUCCGGAAAGCCCGGGAGCUGUACACGGGCCUGGAGCUGGCCGUCGAGCUGAGCCGGAUCCAACAGCGGCUGGACAACGUGGAGUGUCUCUCAGUGGACAUCGUCAUCAACCUGCUGCUGACCUACAGGGACAUCCAGGAUUACGAGUCCAUCGUGAAGCUGGUGGAGACGCUGGAGAAGCUGCCGACCUUUGACCUCGUGGCUCAUCCGCACGUGAAGUUCCACUACGCCUUUGCACUGAACCGGAGGAACCUGCCGGGUGACCGACAGAAAGCCCUGGACAUCAUGCUGCCCCUGGUGGAGGACGAGGAGAAGGUCGCCUCGGACAUCUACUGCCUGGUGGGACGCAUCUACAAGGACACGUUCCUGGAGUCUCACUUCAGUGACACGCAGAGCAGGGACAACGGCACACUGUGGUUUAAAAAGGGCUUCGAGUCCGAGCCGACGCUUCACUCUGGGAUCAACUACGCCGUCCUCCUCCUGGCGGCCGGGCACCAGUUCGACACGUCCUUCGAGCUCCGCAAGACGGGCGUGAAGCUGAGCAGCCUGCUGGGGAAGAAGGGCAGCCUGGACAAGCUGCAGAGCUACUGGGACGUGGGCUUCUUCCUGGGCGCCAGCAUCCUGGCCUGCGACAACAACCGGGUCAUCCAGGCCUCCGAGAAGCUCUUCAAACUCAAAGCUCCCAUCUGGUACCUGCGCUCGCUGGUGGAGACCAUCCUGAUAUAUCAGCACUUCAAGAAGCCCGGUGUGGAGCAGCCGGCCCCCAAGCAGGAGCUGGUGGACUUCUGGAUGGACUUCCUGGUGGAGGCGACCAAGAAGGAUGUCUCCUCCGUCCGGUUUCCUGUGUUGAUACUAGAGCCCACGAAAGUCUACCAGCCUUCCUAUUUGUCCAUCAACAAAGACGUGGAGGACAACACGGUGUCCAUCUGGCACGUCGCCCCUGAUGACAAGAACAAGGGGAUUUACGAGUGGAACUUCAGCGCCACAUCAGUCCGAGGUGUCAGCAUCAGCAAGUUCGACGAGCGCAGUGCCUUCCUGUACGUCCUGCACAAUGCCGACGACUUCCAGAUCUACUUCUGCACAGAGAUGCACUGCAAGAGGUUCUGUGACCUGGUCAACAGCAUCACUGAGGAGACGUGGAAAGGUCCGGAGGAGGGAGACUGUGACAACGACGCCUUAGAGUACGACUACGAGUACGAUGAGCACGGAGAGAGGGUGGUUCUGGGUAAAGGCACGUUCGGCGUGGUGUACGCCGGCCGAGACCUCAGCAACCAGGUCCGACUGGCCAUCAAAGAAAUCCCAGAGAAAGACAGCAGGUACUCUCAGCCGCUCCACGAGGAGAUCGCUCUCCACAAACACUUGAAGCACAAGAACAUCGUGCAGUACCUCGGCUCCCUCAGUGAGAACGGCUUCAUCAAGAUCUUCAUGGAGCAGGUUCCCGGAGGGAGUCUGUCGGCGCUGCUCAGGUCCAAGUGGGGCCCUCUGAAAAACAACGAGUCCACCAUCGGCUUCUACACGCGGCAGAUCCUCGAGGGGCUCAAGUACCUGCACGACAACCAGAUCGCACACAGAGACAUCAAGGGGGACAACGUGCUCAUCAACACCUACAGCGGCGUGCUGAAGAUUUCCGAUUUCGGCACGUCCAAGAGGCUGGCGGGGAUCAACCCCUGCACGGAGACGUUCACAGGCACACUCCAGUACAUGGCUCCUGAAAUCAUAGACAAGGGUCCUCGGGGGUACGGGAAACCAGCGGACAUCUGGUCUCUCGGCUGCACCAUCAUAGAAAUGGCGACUGGGAAACCACCUUUCUACGAACUGGGAGAACCGCAGGCCGCCAUGUUCAAGGUGGGCAUGUUCAAGAUCCAUCCAGAGAUCCCAGAGUCCAUGUCGCUGGAGGCCAAGGCCUUCAUCCUGCGCUGCUUCGAGCCCGACCCCGACCACCGGGCCACCGCCAACGACCUGCUCACCGACGAGUUCCUCACCGUCACCAGCCGCAAGAAGAAGGGCAAGGGCAGCUUCACAGCUCUGUCUCCGGGGUCAGAGUACCUGCGCAGCAUCUCCCUGCCGGUGCCGGUGGUGGUGGAGGACACCAGCAGCAGCAGCGAGUACGGCUCCGUGUCCCCCGACAAUGACCUGAACUCCAACCCCUUCAUCUUCAAGCCCAGCAUCAAGUGCUACAGCGAGAGAGACGUCAAGGGGCCCAGGUCGCUCUUCCUCAGCAUUCCUGUGGAGAACUUCGAGGACCACAGUGCCCCCCCGUCCCCCGACGAGAAGGACUCGGGCUUCUUCAUGCUCCGGAAGGACAGCGAGAGACGAGCCACGCUGCACCACAUCCUGACGGAGGACCGGGACAAGGUGGUGGCCAACCUGAGGGAGGCCCUCACACAGGGCUCCGAGGAGAUGAAGCUGAAGCCGCAGCACAUCUCCACCCUCGUGGUCAGCCUGGCCGACUUCGUUCGCAUGGCCGACAGGAAGAUCAUCGCCAACACGCUGUCGCAGCUCAAACUGGAGCUGGACUUCGACAGCACCGCCAUCAGUCAGCUGCAGGUGGUGCUGUUCGGGUUCCAGGACGCUGUGAACAAGGUGCUGAGAAACCACAACAUCAAACCUCACUGGAUGUUCGCUCUGGACAACAUCAUCCGUAAAGCCGUGCAGACGGCCAUCACCAUCCUGGUGCCAGAGCUGCGGCCUCACUUCAGUCUGGCCUCGGAGAGCGACCCGGCCGAUCAGGACGACGUGGACGACGACCCCGAGCAGGAGAGAAGCUCCGCCCACCACAGCCGAGCGCCGACCAUCGCCGCUCACGACGACACGGUGGCCACGUCGGGGGUGAGCACGCUCAGCUCCACCGUGUCACACGAGUCCCACCACGCCCAGCGCUCUGUGAGCAUGGAGCUGGGCAGGAUGAAGCUGGAGACCACCAGGCUGCUGGAACAGCUGCUGGAGAGGGAGCAGGAGUACCAGUCCAUCCUGCAGCAGGUGCUGGAGGAGAGAGAGCAGGAGAUCAGACUACUGAGGCUGCGAUCUGAGCCCACAGACGUCUUCACGUCGUCCUCUGAAGAACAGACGAGUCAACCUGAGGAGACACGAGAAGACCCGGAGCUGAGCGGCUGGCUGAGGCUUUACGGUGCCGACCAGGACGCCAUAGAAAAGGUCCUGAAGGAGGAGUACACGCUGAACAACAUCCUCCACGAUGUGACGAGAGAAGAUCUGAAGAGUUUAAGACUGAGAGGUGGGAUCCUGUGUAAACUAUGGAAGGCCAUCACAGACUACAGGCAGCAGCCGACCUGAGGCCUUCACUGACCCCACCCGCCCAGAGGAGCCUGGACUCGAAUCAAACGCUCAGUAUUCUCUUCUUUACCUCAGUAUUUAUAAGAGCGACCCGUUCAGGAGCAGCGCCUGUGAUCACCGGGUCCGCGGAGGAACAAACACUACCCCCCCCCCCCCAUCCCCCCCGAGCGGCGAGGUCCUGCUGUUUUUAUAAUCCUGAAACGAGGAUUUGGGACAUGAGGUCAUUAUGACGGCAAACAAUCACUGAGAAGUGCCACUGGUUUUUCUUACGAUGCUUUGUGGGAAAAAUCCACCAUUAAAACCUUAAACCAACUUUUCCUUUGUCUUUAAAGAGGUUUACAGAACUGACCAACACAAGCCUGAGAUACAAAAUACUGCGUUCAAAACCAUCUGUACUCCUGUUUCUAUCAUCUUAUCACUACUUUAUUUAAGUGGAUCUUUAAUUUAAUUGUUAUGGUUAUUUGAAGGAUGUCAGUGCAUGCCCUGUUUUUUCUGUUUUUUACUGUUCAGCGACUUAUUUAAUUCGUUUUUUCACUUUUCUUUUUAUAUUACGAAACGUGUAAAUAUUGUGUUAAAAAAAUUAUAUGUGAAUCACAUUUAUGUACUUUAAAAAGCAGAUUUAUUGAUAAACAUAGCCUAGUUGAAUCUCCAUGUGGGACCAGACCGAGUCUAAGAUGAACAUGUGAAAAGUAAACGGGGCGUUGUCGUGUUUUCUUGUAUCACAAAUCCUAGGAGACGAUGUUUGUGUAGUAAUUCAUGUUACGUCACAUCAUGUGCUCUCUUUCUGUUGUUGUACACUGACAAACGUGCUCGUGUGAUACGACUUCUGUCACGUUCAUGUUGUGAUUAAAAUAUGAAAUGGAAGAACCUUGACUUUUUUUGCUAUUUUAAAACAUGAUGUCAGAAUGGGGGGGGGGGGGGGGGACUAACCACGAGCUGUGUUUCCGUUUGUGUUUGAAUGAAUCGAGAUGUUUGUGUCAUAAUGUUGAAUAAAACUUUUCAUCUUGAAA